AUGUGCUCCUCGGACGUCAAAAAAGAAGAGAGCAACGAUAGUCUGCCGCUGCCCAGCGCAUCGGUAUCGUCCGGGGUUCCUCCCUACCUCCGCCAGCUCUGGGGUGCCGGGGGGACCCAGAGGCGGAACCGCCCCGGUCCCGCCUCUCGACUCCAGCAAGGUGAAGACAUACCACCCCUCAACACCCCUCCCAUCCCUCGCGCCACACCGCCCCUCACCCCUGCCACCCCGACCGCCUCCCCUGCCCAUCUAGCCGGCACAAGAGGAGUGCCUGGCUCCCCUGCCCUCACAACCCCGCCCACCAGCUCAUCCAGAACCGUGGCCCUCACCGCCACUACCACCGCUUCCGCCGCCGCCUCAACCUCUAACUCUGUCACUCCUCACGGCUUCGGCAGCGGCGUGGGAGGACGUGGGGGAGCCGGGAGAGGCUCCACCUAUUCAUCUUACUGUGGCGGCAACAACACCACCACCAACAACAAUGUCACCGGCGACGGCAAGGGGCGCGGGGUCACCGGGGCCUACUCGGGGCCGUACCGGGGCUCCUGGGCGGACCAGUACCGGGGCAUGGGCCGCGCCACUCCGCCCCAGUACAUGGCCAGCACAAACACCCGCGCCUCCAGCGCUCACGGUUACGAUUACACCUGCGCCCAGCAACACCAGCAACAACAACAGCAGCAACAACAGCAACAGCAGCAGCAGCGGGGCCCAACACAUGUACAAUGGCGGCUAUAG